CCGAAAGGCUAAAAGGCUCUCUCACAUUUUUUGAAAGAAAGCAAGCGUUCAACACUUUAUUAAAAUUAUCACAAAUCGAAAGUUUCCCAGAGUACUGCACGUUAGCAGCAGGUGAGCCAUUGUCAACAAAGAAUAAAUUAUUAUCAUUAAGUCCAUUCAUUGAUGACAAGGGAUUGCUAAGAGUCGGGGGAAGGAUUAAAAACGGCAAUUUUUCAUUUGAUAAAAAACAUCCAGUUCUGGUCACUUCUACACAUCCACUUACUAAACUUAUUUUCCAAAAUGAACACCUACGUCUAAUGCAUGCUGGUCCACAACUCUUACUAGCUUCAGUUCGAGAGCAAAUAUGGCCACUUGGAGGUCGAAAUUUAGCUAAGAGUAUAGUACACAAGUGUCAUCGUUGCUUUCGAACGAAAGCAAAGACCACCAAUCCUGUUAUGGGCGAUUUACCUGAGCAGCGUCUUCAUCCGGGUUACCCAUUCCAGACAUCUGGUGUGGACUAUGCAGGCCCCAUCAUUGCUCUUAAUCGUAAGGGACGGGGUAGUAGAACAAUUAAGGUUUACGUUGCAAUCUUUGUCUGUUUCACUACAAAAAGUUGUCACCUUGAAUUAGUAACUGAUCUCUCAACCAACUCUUUCCUGUCAACAUUACGUCGUUUUAUUGCUCGGCGCUCAAAGCCUGUAACAUUAUUCUCCGACAACGGUACUCAGUUUGUAGGUGCUCGUAAUGACCUUUAUAAAUUUCUAAAAGCAAACGCUAGCUCGAUAAUAAAUUCUAUGUCUGACGAAGGCAUAGAUUUUAACUUUAUCCCAGCAUAUGCACCCCACAUGGGUGGUUUAUGGGAAGCAGGCGUCAAAGCCUUUAAAUCUCAUUUAAAUCGUGUACUCGGCAAUGCUCACUUAGAUUUUGAAGACUUAUACACCGUCCUCGUUCAAAUCGAGGCCAUAUUAAACUCUCGCCCCUUAACACCCUUGUCUAAUGACCCACUCGACUUGACUCCACUGACUCCUGGACACUUUUUGGUUGGGCGACCUCUUACAGCUCUGCCAACGCCUGAACGACUGCAUACAAAUGAAAGUCGGCUCAGCAGAUUUGAAAGACUCGAGCGAAUGCGGCAGCAUUUUUGGUCAAGAUGGCACAAGGAAUAUCUAGCUGAAUUACAGCAACGCACUAAAUGGCAAACCAGCAAGGGUCCAGCUUUGAAAGAAGGGAUGCUCGUGCUAAUCAAAGAGGACGCACUGCCACCCAUGAAAUGGAGUCUCGGACGUGUCAUCAAAACACACCCUGGAUCUGAUGGCGUUGUACGAGUUGCAGAUCUACGGACAGCAAAGGGAGUGGUUCGUCGAGCGUUCAAUCGAAUAUGUCCUCUUCCCAUUGUCGAUUAAAAUUGAAAGAAGAUUUCUUUCAAUCCGGGGGAGGAUGUUAAGAAGGCAGUACAGCAAAAAUCAAACACUAUAGGCAUACACACGGGCGCGCGGGAGGAGAGUGUGCGGGGAGAGAGGAACUCCGCCGCCCGGCCGGUCUAACUACGUACCUACACUAUUCAUUAAGCGACAAGACAUCUAUCACAUUGCAAUGUUCAUCAAAUUCUAGUUCCAACCAAAAUUGUAACUAUACCUUAAAUUAUACGCAUCAAUCAUUAUCAUCAGUGAGUUGUUAUUACCCA